GUGUUUCUAGGUGACGGCGGGCCCGGCCGGGCCGGCAGCAGCAGCGGCCGCCAUGGAGCACAUCCGCACCACCAAGGUAGAACAAGUGAAAUUACUAGAUAGGUUCAGCACAAGCAAUAAGUCACUGACGGGAACUCUGUACCUUACAGCAACUCAUCUGUUAUUCAUAGAUUCAAGCCAGAGAGAAACAUGGAUACUACAUCAUCACAUUGCUGCAGUGGAAAAACUUCCCUUGACCACCUCUGGCUGCCCCCUCGUCAUCCAGUGCAAGAACUUCAGGAUAGUUCACUUCGUUGUUCCCAGAGAAAGAGAUUGUCAUGACAUAUAUAACUCUUUGCUUCAGCUGUCAAGAACAGCAAAAUAUGAAGACCUGUAUGCCUUUUCCUACAAUCCAAAACAAAAUGAAUCUGAGCAAGUCAAAGGUUGGCAGCUUAUUGAUCUAGCAGAGGAAUAUAAGAGAAUGGGAGUGCCAAAUACUAACUGGCAGUUGUCUGAUGCGAAUCGUGAUUAUAAGAUUUGUGAAACCUAUCCCAGAGAACUUUAUGUUCCCAGAACUGCAAGCAAACCCAUAAUUGUUGGCAGCUCCAAGUUCAGAAGCAAAGGAAGAUUCCCAGUGUUGUCGUAUUAUCAUAAAAAUAAAGAGGCUGCAAUUUGCAGAUGCAGUCAACCUCUCUCAGGAUUCAGUGCGCGGUGCCUGGAAGACGAACACAUGUUGCAAGCCAUCAGUAAAGCAAAUCCUUCAAAUCGCUACAUGUAUGUCAUGGACACCAGGCCAAAGCUUAAUGCCAUGGCAAACAGAGCUGCUGGGAAGGGCUACGAGAAUGAAGACAACUACUCUAACAUUAGGUUCCAGUUUGUUGGCAUUGAAAAUAUUCAUGUAAUGAGAUCCAGCUUACAAAAACUUCUGGAAGUCAGUGGCAUGAAGGGUUUGUCUGUCAAUGACUUUUUGUCUGGUUUGGAGAAUUCAGGAUGGUUGCGUCAUAUCAAAGCUGUGUUGGAUGCCGCUGUCUUCCUAGUCAAGGCAAUAGCAGUUGAGAGCGCAAGCGUAUUAGUGCACUGCUCAGAUGGCUGGGAUAGGACUUCCCAAGUUUGUUCUCUUGGAGCUCUCUUACUGGAUUCCUAUUACAGGACAAUCAAAGGAUUCAUGGUCUUGAUAGAGAAAGACUGGAUCUCUUUUGGGCACAAAUUCUCUGACAGGUGUGGCCAGUUGGAUGGUGAUCCUAAAGAGAUCUCACCAGUGUUCACGCAGUUUUUAGAAAGUGUAUGGAAUCUGACUGAGCAGUUUCCACAAGCCUUUGAGUACAAUGAAGCUUUCCUCCUUCAGAUUCAUGAACAUGUCCAUUCAUGCCAGUUUGGUAACUUCCUUGGAAACUGCCAAAAAGAGAGAGAAGAGCUGAAAUUAAAAGAGAAGACGUAUUCCUUGUGGUCAUUCCUUCUGGAUGAACAAAAGAAAUAUCAGAAUCCUCUGUAUAAUCCAGACUUUUCUCCGGAACUAACUCUUUUGGAGCCUAAUACAGUGUCAUUCAAUUUUAAGUUUUGGAGAAAUAUGUACCAUCAGUUUGAUCGAAGUAUGCAUCCCAGGCAGUCUGUGCUCAAUCUCAUCAUGAACAUGAGUGAACAAAAUAAACAACUGGAGGAAGACAUUAGAGAACUGGAAGCUAAAAUAAAGCAGAGAAACGGGCAGUCAGAUGCAGUGCUUGUGAAGGAACAUCAGCAGUCUGCACAUCCUGCUCCCACGGCACUGAAGACCCCUCCUUGCUUCAAGAAGGAGCAGCCACUGCUCCCUGUGAGUGAUGCUGUGAGAACUAUAGAGGGCAGCAACACAGCGGACAAUCGCUACAGUGAAUUCGUGGAAGAGUUCUCGAAAGCUGAGCCUGCUGUUGUCAGCUUGGAGUUUGGAGUGGCCAGGAUGACCUGCUAAAUUUCGGCGCUGUGGUCCUCUUCUAGACUGAUUAAAUCAAGUGAUGGGUUAUUUUGAGGAUGGGUCUGUGCUGCAUGACCAAAAUAUGAUUUGUAUAUCAGCAAGUUUUGUUAACAUACACUAGGACAGCAUGCUAGUUGUCAGGUGUUUGCUGUUUUUCUAAGGAAAACAAAAGUGUUAGUUGUCUUUUAAAAGAAACAGGGGCAUUUGGUAAGUAGUGACUAAAAAUCAAGGAAUGGUAUGUCUUUGGACUGAGGUCAGUUUGCACUAAAUUGAUUAAAAUAGUAAUAUUACUUUAUUCAGUAUAGGAAAACACAAGUGGUCUUUCAUGAAUUGAUUUUAUUUGGGAAAGAAAACUUGAACUAUUUUAGGAACUCAAGCUACAUGUAUAUAUUAUAUGAAUAUGUAUACCCUUGUUUAAUGUCUCACACUACUAACUUUCAGUGUAUUAAGUGCCAUGGAAAAGUGCGAUAUAGUUAAAAUCAUAAUAGUUGGCCUUAAACCUGUCAGAUCAAUGAUAUUGUUGUUCUUCACUCCUGCAGUCUGCCUGGCUCUGUUUACAUUGCUUUUGCUCAAAUUCUUAUUUCCUUAAGACAGGACUGAAUAUAAGGAAUGAAUCAUGCCUAAGCUGGCAGACUUUCUGCAAAUAGCUAUAUGAAUGUUAACUUAUCCCUGAAGCCUGUUCUUCCAUUUUUCCUCUGUUGUUUAAAAAAAAGGCCUGAUUUUCCUUUAUGGCAGCUCAGUAGACUGAGGAUUAUUGAAGCUACAGGUUGUCUGACCUUAAAUAUUUUGAUUUGUGGCAAGCUAUUGAAGUCUAGAGUAAGAAGAGUAAAAACCAUGUCAUGUAAGGAAACAAAACUUAGCCAGUAACUGAAUAGUGAGGUUCCUUCAGAUUUGUUUAUGUGCUCAAUAGUUGUUCCAGUUGCAAGAAUGGAAGCAGAAAUUUUGCAAGUGUAGUCUACUGACACUGUUGCUAUGGUAAAAAAGAAAAGUCAUUCAUGUGUCUGAAGCUCAUGAGAAGCUGAGUGCCUCCUAAAUCUUGCAUUAGAAGAAAAUUGUAGUCACUAGUGGGAUCCCCUUCUCAUUUUGUAAAAGCUUGUCCAGCCUGUGUGUAUUUUACGUAUGGAGAUUUUUAUGUAAUUGGAGGGAGGGCAAAAACUUCUAGCAAGAUGCAGUAGACAUCAUGGGACAUAAGGAAAAAAAAAGAGGAAAGUUAAGUUAGCCUAAUUGUCUAUCUGUAACCUUGUAGUAAGGGAAAAGGUUUUUGCUGAAGAUUGUCUCAAUGGAUUUUCUGAGCAGGUAACAUAAUAGGGAAGAAAAGUGCUGGUGCCCAGUUCUUAGAAGUAUUAGUAUCUUUAGUUAUGAGCUUAGAUUAAUGCUACUGACUUUUUAUCUCUGGAUAUAAAUAUUUUUUGGUUACAAGUGAAAAUGAGUUUACUCUUAUUCUAAUCCCUUUUGUUAAAGUUACUGGUGUGCCACACACAAUUUGACAUAAUUGGCAGCAUUUCCCUGUGCACCAUAUCGGAUCCAGGACUCUUACAAGGCCAGUACAGGUCAUGAUCAUGUUGCACUUGUGAAGCUGUCUGGUAGAAAUUAACUAUGGCUCCUGUGUUUGAGUAAUAAUUCACCCAUUUCACUAAUUUGUUUCUUAAAAGCCUAUAGCUGUAAAUAAAGCUUUGUAAGUAUUUUUAUUCCUGAAGAUAAAAUCAGUGUCAUCUUUAAAGUACAUUAUCCAGUCAUUUAAACACGUUCAGAAUUUCUCCAGUACAAUAGUUUCACAUUUGCACAGUGGUGCCUUACAGGGUUGCAGCAAGAGAGGUUUUUUGUGCCUUGUUAUUUAUUGUCUACCUUUUCCCCUCACCAUCUGUAUCAACUUGGUUCUGUGGUUUUCCUUUGCAAAAACAUCUUGUAUAUUAAGAUUGUAUUGUAUCACAGUAGUGAAACAAAUUUAUUGCUGAUAAUAUUGGUAAGUUAUCCAUUUGUAUUUGUUUGUUUUAAUAUUUAGCUGCUCUGGUGUGCCAUGUACACUCUUCUUAUUUAUUGUUUAGAGUUUAUAGACUCAAAAUAUUAUAUUAAGCUUUUCUGCAAA